AUGGCGGCAACGAUACCGAGGAAGCUUUGGGAACACCCCGACCCCCAGAGCACUGAGAUGUACAAGUUUAUGCAGUCGGUUAACCAGAAGCACAAACUCAACUUGAAGACGUUCUGGGACUUGUACCAGUGGUCCAUAAACAAAAGAUCGACUUUUUGGACCGACGUCUUUGAGCGCAGCCCCAUUAUCCACACAGGCUCGAUCAAGCGUGUCGUGGAUGAGAGCAAGCUCAUUGACGAGGUUCCCAGAUGGUUCGAGGGUAUCCAGCUCAGUUUCGCCGAGAACAUUCUCUGGAGUCGCCGGCCCAUUGACCCUUCUGAUUUCCACGGCACGGCCGGAAAGGAGGAUGACAAGGUGGCGCUGACCGAGGUGAGAGAGGGCGUCAGCGAGCUGCGCGAUGUAACAUGGGCCACGCUCCGUCAGACAGCCGCGCAAUUCGCCUCGGCCCUGCACGCGGCGGGCGUCGGACGGGGCGAUCGUAUCGUCGUCGUCGGGUCCAAUAGCGUCGAGACGCUGGCCGUGUUGCUGGCGACGAGCUGGGUCGGGGCCAUUUUCAGCAGCAGCUCGACCGACAUGGGCGUGUCUGGAAUCUUGCAGCGGACGGUGCAGAUCAACCCGAGGUUCAUCUUCAUGGACGAUGCCGCGCUGUAUAAUGGUCGCCGGGUCGAUCUCCGGGACAAGAUGACUGAUAUCGAAGCUGGCAUGAAGGACUGCAAUCUUUUCAAGGGCAUGAUAUCCGUGCGGCGAUUCAAGGAGGCUCUGGAUGUAUCCAACAUUCCCCGUACCCAAAAGCUGGAUGAUUUCUUGAAGCAAGGAAGCCCCAAUCCUCCGCCCAUCGUACGCAUCAACUUUCACGAACCAGUCUUGAUUUGCUACUCCUCUGGUACCACCGGCAUACCCAAGGCGAUUGUCCAUUCGGCAGGAGGCGUCUUGAUCAACUGUUACAAGGAAGGCGUGAUUCACGAGGGCAUGAACUCAGAGUCUGUGUCAUUGCAAUAUACUACGACUGGAUGGAUUAUGUAUUUGGUCUGCAUCAUGCAAUUAUUUGCAGGCGCCAGAUCGGUGCUCUAUGACGGUUCACCUUUCCAGCCCGACUUGCAAACUUUUGUCAAGCUCGUGGGUGAUCAAAAGGUGACCAGGCUUGGUGUCAGCCCUCGGUGGAUGCAUGAGCUCGCCAAGGCUGGUAUAUCACCUCGCGAGUUGACUGACUUGUCCAAUCUCAAAAUCGUCACAUCUACCGGCAUGGUCCUGUCGGAUCAGCUGUUUGAAUGGUUUUACGAUAGUGGUUUCCCGGCGCACACUCAUCUUUUCAACAUUUCCGGAGGUACAGACAUUGCCGGCUGCUUUGGCAUAGGGAAUCAACUCAGUCCCGUCUACGUCGGAGGCACCCAGGGCCCGAGUCUCGGCACGCCCAUUGCCGUCUACGACUCCCUGCUUCCCAACGGACCGGGCAAGGAGGUCCCCGACGGCACGCCGGGAGAGCUCGUGGCGACGGCUGCCUUUCCCAACGUCCCCGUCUACCUCUGGAACGACAAGACGCCAGUGGGCGUCAAGGGGUCCAAGUUGCAUUCGGCCUACUUUGCGCGCUUUGAUCACGUCUGGGCCCACGGCGACUUCAUCGUCGUGCACCCCACCACCAAGAACAUUACUUUUCUGGGCCGCGCCGACGGCGUCCUCAACCCGAGCGGGGUCCGCUUUGGCUCGGCUGAAAUCUACGGCGUGCUGGAGAGGCACUUUUCGGACCAGAUUGUCGACUCCAUCUGCGUCGGUCAACGCAGGCCCAAGGAUAAUGACGAAAGCGUCAUGUUGUUCUUGCUCAUGCGCCCCGGACACACCUUUACAAAGGACUUGGUCGUACAGGUCAAGGAUGCGAUUCGUAAGGACCUGUCCAAGAGACAUGUGCCCAAGUAUGUUUUCGAGACCCCGGAGAUACCGACGACUGUGAAUCUGAAGAAAGUCGAACUACCUGUCAAGCAGAUUGUUUCGGGCCAUGUCAUUAAACCUAGUGGCACCUUGCUGAACCCAACGAGCCUUGACUAUUACUACCAGUUUGCGAAGGAUGAGGUUCUGAAGGCAGGCCAGGAGAAGCUAUAG